UCCCGCCACGGUGACGUCACUCCGAGUAGUGUAGUGCAGUGAGGAGGAGCCAAAGUAAGCUCCGUUCGUGUUAUAUGUCCGAGUGUUCAAAGCGAGUGAAUUUUCAAGACGUAUGUACUACUGCGAUCUGUUUUAAAACGGCAACACCAGCAGUGUGAGUAAGCUCAUUACGUGCGUAAUCACCGUGCAUGUACGUACGCAUACAUACGUACGCGCACGCGUGGCAUUCGGCUCAUUGUACACGGUAAUGAUACAUGCAGUCGAGGGUCGCGCGCCGAAAUUACCUGCUCGCCGCGUCAUUGUGUCGUGGCGGUUUGAUCCUUGACGAGAAAGAGGCCUGCCCGAUGUUUUCGCUCGGAGGAGGCGGAGCGUGCGAGUAACACGGGUAUCGAUGUAUCGAUACAUCGUUCAAUCCGAUACGUGCGUGUGUACGUGAUGCUCGGGCCGCGACAAGUAUAAGCCAGUGGUGUGAAAGAAAGAAAAAAAAAGAUAAAAUUGUCCAGGAGUGAUUGUAUACCUAUAUAUAUAUAUAUAUACACACACAUAUACAUAUACAUAUAUACUCGGAAACAGGGUAUAUGUAUAUGCGUCUGCGAUACGUGCGCGUAUGUACAUGUAUCCCGAAUGCAUGCGUGUGUAACACGGGCGUAUAGAUGUGCACGAGUGCCGUCGUCAUCGUCGUCGUCGUCGUCGUCGUCGUCGUUGUUUCGCAUCUCGGAUAAGAUCCGCUGCGCGAGAUAUAAAGCAGUCGGCGAGAGGAAGAGGAAACGACUGUGCCGUUUCACCGCGUUCGAAUUGAUUCGCGUUAUCAACAGUGGGUCACACAUUCGCGGCGCGCGCGCGCGCGCGCGCUCCGACAUUCGGAACGACGAAAGAACGGGAAGAGAGUUCUCUUCUCGCCGCGAGCGGCACGUUUAGGCCAGCCUCGACAUCCGGUAUCGCCUCCGUGCUGUGUGUCGUCUUGUCGUGCCCGUGCCACGUGUUGUGCCGUGCUGUGUCGUGGCGUGACGCGACGCGACGCGACGUGACGUGACGUGACGUGACGUGACGUGACGUGAGCUGUGUCAUUCCCGGCUCCGAAAGCCGAGACGAAGCGAGGCGAAUCUACGUGCGUGUUCAGAAGAAGCAAGCAUCGGCGAUACGAUACGCGCGCGCGAGUGAACGUGCGAAUCCCGAAAAGGAGAGAAAAAAGAGAGAGAGAGAGAGAGAGGGGAAGAGAAAGAGAAAAAUUACGAGCCCACCGCCGCGAGAUGGAUCACCCGUGCUGUACCGUGCCGGGUGGAAGUGCUCGUGUGACGUGACGUGGUGAUUACGAGAAGAAGCAGUAUCCCCCAUAUCGCGAUUCAGUGAUGUACCAUGUGGUGGGCUUCAGCGAUCUUGAUCCUCGCAAUCAUCAUUACAGUCAGCGGUGCCCGCUAUCUAGGCUCCCGUUUACCGUCCUCUGCCGCCAUCAGCUACUCCUGCUCCUCCAUCAUCUCCUUCUCCACGUCGACGUGCCCGCUAUACGUCGCACAGCGAAAGUUUGAUCGCGAGGACCCCGUCGUCAUUGCCGAUUUUACGGCGGUGAUCGUCGCCGUAGCUAUCAUCGUAAACGUUGCUGCUAGAACGCAUGCACGAGCGAUCGUUCUUCCAACGUGUCGCAUCCUCGACGACGGCGAUCGGCCCUGCCUGUUGGGCACCUCACCUCUUCCUGGCUACUGACUAGUGAUUGAUCAUUUAUCUGUGUCGUGUGUUCUCUUUCUGGUAAAAAGGCGGAGGGAGAUGUGCGGAUACCGUGCGAAUUAAAUGAGCAUAAAAAGAGCGGCGAGUGACAAUGGAUGUAACGCGUAACGAUCGUGCAUCCGACGACACGUGUGCGUUCCGUGCGUUACCCCCUUGACAAAAGAAACGGAAGAAAAAGAACGAGCGAAGGAAGAGAGGUCAUUAUUGUCUCUCUGUGUGCUGUGUACAAUUCAUUCUCUAUACCUGGACGGAGACAGAGCGAAAACAGAAGCGAAGGAGUUUGGUGGCAGAGUUCCUAGAGCUGGAGAAGGGCGAAGAGGAAAGGAGAAGUGCGCGAGAACCAACAGCUUGCUCGAGUUGUCCGUAAAAUAAUUCGUGCCGGGUGUGUUGGUGUAGUGUGCGGUGAUUACUAUCGCCGGUCGAGGUUGUGUGUCGUACAGUGCCUCCAAACGAUACCACAACAUCCGGUCCCAAAUGAAGAGUUCGGAGCAAAAUGGUUAGAGAGACACGUCACCUGUGGGUUGGAAAUCUGCCGGAAAACAUCCGUGAGGAUCGCAUCAGGGAGCAUUUUAAACGGUAUGGACGCGUGCAGAGCGUCAAGCUGUUGCCACGGGGUGAAGAAUGCCCCGUGGACGGAGGUUCCAGUGGUUCCCUCGGCGAGGGCAACGAGGGCGGUUCCGGUUCCGGUUCCGGCGGCGGCGGCGGCGGCGGCGGCGGUGGCGGUGUCGGUGGUGGCGGCGGUUCCUCUACCAGCACGGGGGGUGCCUCAGCGACGGUGGCGUUCAUGGAUAUCAAGUCUGCAGCGAAGGCUCACGCGACUGAGCAUACGUUGGACGAACGAGCUCUCACUACACAGUACUACGAACCACAGCAUCUCCAGCACAGGUUCCCUUCUCACGGAAGUUCGGAGGAUCAUGGAUCCAGCGGCGGGACCGGGGGUGGAGGAGGCGGAACAGGCAACGUUUCCGGCGGCAGCGGCGGCGGAGGUGGUGGCGGGAACACCGGUACCGGCGUCGGCGGCAGCGGCGCCGGAAGCGGAGAGCGUGAGAGGGGCGGCGAGGGUUUUGACUCACGUGGCUUCUACAGUAACGAGAGAAGCAACCGGGUUGGCACCGGGAGUGGCAGCGGCGUCGGCGUCGUCGGCAGCGUCGGCGGCGUCGGCGGCAGCGGUGGCGGCGGCGGCGGCGGCGUCGGCGGCGGCGGCGGUGGCGGCGGCGGCGGCAGCGUCGUCGUUGGCGGUCAUCCGACAGAUCCUUCGACGGGGGAUCCUGUCGGCGGCUACAUACCCCGCAGCCGUCCACCACCUUCGAGCUCUUAUCACGUGACAUCGAGCAGGGCGAGGGAUCGGCUCUAUCCAAGGACCGGCCCGUAUGUCUCUGACCGGCCGCCGCCCCCGCCCCACUUAGACCGUCAUCGUGGUAGCUUGCCGCCAUCGUCCUGGUCGGCUUACGAGUCGACGAGUUCGAGGUACGGCAAUGCGCCGCCACCACCCUCGCCCGCCACCAACGAUGCUUACCAAGACGAGCAAGGAGGUGGUGGAGGCGGCGGUAGCAGCAGCAGCGGUGCUCUGCGACAACACAAAAAACAACGCAGAAAAUCGCGCAGCGGAAGCAGCUCACCAAGCGGUAGCAGUCGCUCAGGAAGUAGUAGUAGUAGCCGGAGCGGUAGCUCGGGCGGCAGCAGCACCGGUAGCACAUCGCCUGGUAGCUCACCCCAUCGUACCAGCAACGUCGCCGUGACGGAGGAUCGCCGAGCGCUGGCUAUUUGCGUAAGGAAUCUGCCGACCCGUAGCAGCGAUACCUCCCUCAAGGAUGGCCUCUUUCAUGAAUACAAGAAACACGGCAAGGUGACGUGGGUGAAGGUCGUAGGUGUAGCCGGCGACCGGUACGCCCUCGUGUGCUUCAAGAAACCUGAGGAUGUCGAGAAAGCGCUCGAGGUCUCCCAUGAUAAACUCUUCUUCGGUUGCAAGAUCGAGGUGGCUCCUUAUCAGGGCUACGACGUCGAUGACAAUGAGUUCAGGCCGUACGAGGCGGAACUCGACGAGUACCAUCCGAAAGCAACGAGAACGUUAUUCAUCGGGAACCUCGAGAAGGACGUCACAGCGUCCGAGCUGAGGAAACAUUUCGAGCCAUUCGGCGAGAUAAUCGAGAUUGACAUCAAGAAACAAGGCGCCGUGUCAAGUUAUGCUUUUUGUCAAUAUUCGGAUAUCGGUAGCGUCGUGAAAGCCAUGAGAUCUAUGGAUGGUGAGCACUUGGGUACGAAUCGAAUUAAACUCGGAUUUGGAAAGUCGAUGCCCACAUCUUGCGUUUGGGUCGAUGGCAUCGGAGAUUGCAUGUCCGAGAAGUACUUAAACAUGCAGUUCCAUCAGUUCGGCCCGAUCACUCAGGUAGUAGUGGACCGCGAGCGCGGCCAAGCUUUGGUCUUCUUCGACCAAAUCAGUUGUGCUCAGGCCGCUGUAAAGGAGAUGAGAGGAGUCGUACUUCGGGGCCGUCGUUUGCAGGUUGAUUUCGCGUCGCGAGAAUGUCAAGAGACGUUCUAUGAACACCUCGAACGUCAAGGGAACACAAGUGAGAAACCCUGGGACUCGAGACCUUCGCCAGCGUCGUCGUUUGAUGUGACGAUUCCUUCUAGGCGGGAGCGCGGUAGCUUCGACUCGGCGAUCACGGUGUCAAGUUCGUGCAGCCGAUUCACACGCUACGACACGCCCCCGCGAUCGAGAACAGCGAGCUAUUCGCGAACCUCCGGAGGGAGUACCCCGGGCGCCAGUCCGGCUCAUCCGACGGCGAUGUCGCGAAGUAGCAGAAGAUCUUACCAGGAAUCGUCGUAUUACGACGGUGACUACGGCGAGCCGACGUCGCGUCGAUUCCGGAGUUACGACGAGUUUAGUCAAGGCAGUGGUGCGAGCCACGACGAUUAUCAGAGCAGCGUUCUCAGCGACGGCAAGCUCAACGACGACGACUGUCCGCCACCGUCGCGGCGUCAUGCCGUGCAGAGUGUCGUCACGAGCGUCGAUCCGCCCGCACCACCGCCACCGUUAUUACCUCCACCCGACAUUCGGCAUCUCCAGAAGGAGCGUGUCCACUUGUUGGAGCAGCUCGAGGAGUGCCACAGUAGCGGCGACGAAGUCGGAUUCGCGCCAAAGAAACGCACGAAGCUCGACAGUUCGUCGUCGUCGACGACUGUACUCUGCGAGGAUGACGAGCCGGAAAUCGCGUCGUUGCUCGUCACCUCCUCGCAUUCCAAUAGGAAAAGCGUGGACUUUAGACGCGUUAGUGAUAGCAAAGUAGUGGUAUACCAUAGCACGAGAAGGAGUAGCUGCGAGGGCAGGGGUCCUGGACCCUGUAAACGUCGUCGGGAUGCUACUAGCAGCAAUGUUUCCAGGCAUCACGAGCAUCAUGAUGGAUCUCGACCAGGCACCCCUCUCGUUGACGAACGACCGGAGAACUUGGUACCCAGCGAACCGAGACGAUUUAGAGAGAGGAGCCACGAGGGACCGCUGUCGCUGCCUUUGCCGAGGUUCGCGGCUCAAAUGUUGAACAACAACAACAACAACACGAGCAGUAGCAAUAACAACAACGGCAGUGGGUCUCGAUCGAGCGGUGCCAGUCUCGCGAAAGUUGCUAGUCCACCGUGCACCAGCUUCACCACGGCGCCCGGCCCACGUACCGCUCCGCAACCACCGGCUUCGCCGCCUCCCAGACAUCCCAGUUCGAGCCCGACCAGUUCCGACAGUGAGACGGCACCACAGUCACCUAGUCUGGAGGAGAGGAUACGCUCUCUGGAUGAAAAGUACGAGAAGUGGUCCGGUUCGAGAGCGUUGAGCGCCGUCGGUGGCGACGCUCUGGCGAAGCUCGACGCGAGCACCUCGGAGCGAUUCAAGUUUCGGCAUAAAUUGCUCGACAUGGCUUUGCACGAAGUGCAACCUUCCGACAUCCUCAAGUCGGUCCUUGCGAAAAGGAGCGUGUUCGACGAGGACUCGAAACGACUGGAGAACUAUAGUGAAAAGUACGAACCGCGGGAGUUCACCGGUAUUAUCGGCAUCGGAUCGGUCUCGAUGAUCGGUAGCACCGCUGGCCUCACCACUAGCAGUAGCUGUGCCAGCAAAGUUUGCCUACAGUAUCCGUUUCCUAGUCAUCCGCCGGUACAGCUAAGCAGUAGUGGCACGUCGAUUACUAAUAUGGUCGGCGUCAACACGUUAUCCACAAGCCUGACCCCGACGACGACGACCAUGGUCACGUCGGUGAUGAAGACCGACCCGCGGAUAGCGCAGCAUAACUGUAUACACCCAACACCGGCGACGCCGAUCACACCCGGUACAUCUAUCAAGACAGUUAGUCCCGAAUUACCACCGGUUUCUCUACCAAUCGGUCUUGGUAGCGGAACGGUAGCCGGUAGCGGUAACAAUAGUCUUCUAAGCAGCAACGGUAGCGUAGGUAGUAUUCACAGCCUCGGAGCCUCGACGCAUCGGGGAUUGAGCAUUUCUGGAAGCACCGCUUCGCCUACGGCGUCAACGACGUCGACGUCGUCGACGGACGCCUUCUUCACGACUGCAGUUACGACAACGGCGGUACCUGUUACGACAUCGAGUACGGUAACCUCGUCAGCGGCGACGACAACGACAUCCGUGAUAGGUACGACACCACCCACGACUACUACCAGUUCGAUAGCUCCACCGUCUUCCAUAACAUCCUCAUCUAACUCUUCCUCUUCAUCGUCAUUAUCCACAUCUUCCACAGAUUUGCCUCGUUCUCGUUUGAGGAAGGAGAGCAGCGCUAGCAGUCGGGAGAGUAGAGACUCUCGCGACAGUAAGGAUAAUAGAGAGUCCAAGCACAGCAAAGGGAAGGAUUGUCAGAGGAGAUCGCGAAAAGAGGAAACUGACGUUGAGAGAAGUCGCAAGGAGAGAGACGAGAGAGAAAGCUCGAACGUCGUCGUUAAUGAUAUCGGUGAGACGGAUAAUCAUAGCAAGGACUUUAAAGAUAACAAAGAAUUGAGGUACGAACGAAAAGAACGGGAGGAGAAAGAAAGAAGGGACAAGGAGGAUCGUGACCGGCAAGAUAGGAGGGACAAGGAAGAUCGCGAUCGCCAGGAGCGAAAAGAACGGGAAGAACGUGAGAAGCGAGAGAAGGACGAAGAGAGGCGAGAAAGGGAGAGAUUGGACAAAGAACGACAGGAGAAGGACAGGAGAGAACGGGAGGAAAGAGAACGCGAGAGGAAAGAGAAGGAAGAGAAUGAACUCAAGGAGAAGGAGAGGCGCGAGAAAGAACGUGUCGAUCGCGAGAGGAGAGAACGAGAGGAGAAAGAACGGCAGGAGCGAAGGGAACGCGAGGAGCGUGAGAGGAGAGAGCGCGAGAGGAAAGAACGUGAGGAGAGGGAAGAGCGCGAGAGGAAAGAAUUGGAGAAAAUCCGUUUGGAGCGCGAGAAGCAGGAGAAGGAGCGUCUCAGGAGGGAACGGGAGGAGCAGGAGAGAAGGGAGAAAGAAGAACGCGACAGGUUAGAGCGGGAGAGGAGGAGAGAAGAGAAGGAGCGUCUUGAGCGAGAGAGGAAGCGAGAACGGGAGGAGAAGGAGAGGCUUGAACGGGAGCGACGGAAGGAGAAGGAGAAGGAAGAACGGGAGAAAAUGGAGAAGGAGAAACGGGAGAAGGAAGAGCGUGAGCGUCUCGAGAAGGAGAAACACGAAAGAGAAAAGCGCAAAGAGCGCGAGGAUCAAGAAAGGCGGGACAAGGAGAAGGCCGAACGUGAAAAAAGGCGGGAUCGCGAGGACAAGGACAAGGACAAAGAUAAGGACAAGAGGGAGCGCGACGACAACAGGCGUCAACUCUCUCUGCAACAGCCCACCGAAAAUCACGUGCAUCCUUCCGUCACGUCUCAGUCUCAGGGUCAAAUUACGCCUGCGCCGGUGUCCAUUAAACGUAGAUGUUCGUCACAGGACGGACCCGAGGAGGACACGAAGCGUAUGAAGAUCUCGGACCACCGACGCGACAGCAAGGAUCGAUCUCGGCAGAACAGCCGGAGGUCGGAGGAUCGCAAACACCGCAACGACUCGCAUCGUUCUAGUCGGGAGAGUAGGGAGAGCCGCGACAGCAAAGAGAGUAGCGGCGCGACGCUGCAGGACAGCAGAGACGGCGGCACAGGACACAACGAAUCGGUCCGGGAGAGUAAUUCGAGGGACAACGGUAAGGAGAAGCAGAAGGUGAAGAAGAACCGGAGUUCGGAAAAGGAGUCGAGGGAACGCAGCCCGAGAGUCUCGCAUGAACCCGAGAAGGAGUUCCUGUCGAGGCUGGAGCUACCCAAAAGCGUCGACUCGAGCUCAUCGAACGAGCAAGCGUCAUUGAGCUCGAAUCACGCGAGAGACUCGCAACAUCAUCCACAGCAGCAAUCUACAUUGAACCAACACAGUGACGUGGACGACGGCCCGCUGUCUACUCACGAGAUACAAGUGGCGAGGCAUCCGUCGGCUACGGACACGGACAGCGACGAGCCGAAGAAGCACUCCAUCUUCGAUAUCGUUGACGACGAACCAGCCUACAUCAGUAUGUACGACAAGGUGAAGGCUCGUUCGACGAAGAACAUGCAGAAGUUGGAAGAGGAGAAGCGUCAGGUACGUCUGAAGGACAAAUUCUCGCAGCUGAAGCAGAGUCGCGCGAGACGGGAGGAGAAGAAACAGAGCACUUCGUGGGAUGGUGACUCGGUGAGCAGCAAAGCUCUGACCGAAGACGAAGCCACUUCCGAAUCGGACUCUACGAGAACCAAGUCUCUCUCCAGGAAAGGCUCGCGGUCGCGGAUCCACUCGGACACCAGCGAAGAGGAGGAGCCGUUUAACAACAAGGUUCGCAAGGCGGUCGUGAAAUCAGAGAGAUUCCUAGAGAGUGACGUUGAUCUCGGCUUUGCCGAUACCGAAGAGAAGCAGAAUCGGCUGGAGGUCUCGAGCGUCAUCGUUAACAGCGUGCACGCCACCAUUAAAGAAGAACCCCGUACCUCCGACGAGGAUGAGAAAAUCUCGAUUGGAUUCCGCAGGAAUCAUCCGAUAAUAGAGGUGAUCAAUCACGAGAGAGACUCGCGGAAGAAGUCGCACAAGAAGAAGCAGAAACGUCAGAAGAACAGCAUCUCGCAUGAGAACAGUCUGAAGACAGUCGAGCCGACAGACAAUACAGAGCAUAAAAGCAAAACCAAUGUCAUCGCGACUCCGACUGAUUGCCGGCCGAAUCACGGCGCGGAGCCUGCCGCGAACGCUACCUCCACCACGAGCAUUGUCGUCGCGACGUCUUUGGAGAAUUCCGAGGAGAGACUACGCGUGGACAAAAAGCAACGUAGCAAGAAGGACAAGAGACGGGAUCGAAACGGAGAGGACAAGGCCAAGGCGAGACGGAAAAGGCUCAAUCGGCAAGAAGCGAGGGACUCCCAACGUAUGGAAGACAUCUUCGGUCCACUCUCAGACGACGUUGACGAUGGCCCAUCUAACACGUUCUUCAACAGAUUCGGUAAUAUGACGUCGGAGAACAGCGUUUACGCAUCGGACAGCGACGGUGGCCGCAGCUCGCUCGACAUGGACAGAAUGAGACGGAAGACGGAGAAGAAGCAGCGGCGCCAUCAGCCGGAGGACGAGAACAGCGUCGACCUGGCUGAGGCUGGCCGUGAGAUCGAAGCGAAACUCUUGGGCAUGCCAAGUUCUCCGAAAGCCGCUGCCGCGUGCAACGAGCCCAACGAUCAUGACGUUUUCCGAUUCACCGAUGACAAUGACAGUAUCGAGCCGUCCACACCUUCGACCGCGCCGGAGAAAGUGAAGGAGAAGAAGAAGAAGCGGAAGAGAUCCAAGGAGGAGCGUAGUCGGAAGGAUUACCAUCACCAUCACCAUCACCACCACCAUCACCAGCACGAGAAGAGCGGCGAGUUGCCUUAUUUGGGCGCCGAGCCUAGUCCACCGCGAGCGAGCAGUCCGUUAAUAUCUAAGACAGUGUCGCCCACCUUGCCUACGCCUAGAGAAGCAUUGCUAAGUCCAAUACCCAAGGCGACCUCGAACGUAUCGACUGCAUCGUCGAUCACUCCGCCGGUCGUGAGCAGUAGUAUUCAAACUCCCAAGCUCGAGAAGAAGAAGGACAAACUUAUACCCGGCUUCGGGAUCGAAAUCGACGAGACCAUCCACGAGAACGCCGUGAAGAGCAUCUCAGAGCCCGACGAGAGGGACAGUAGUCAGUCUCGCAGCGGCAGGGAGGAGCCGGAGGUGUCGGUGCCGACAAUACCACCGACGCAGAACGAGGACAAGCCACGAGUGGCGAUAUCGCAAGAGGAAACGGAGGAUGCGGUUGCCGCGUUGCUUGAGGAAACCUUCGGUGCUUCGACCGAGGACUUCUCUUACGAGGGCGAGGAAGAGGAAGCCGAGGCAGACGGGGUCACUGGACCUGCAGCCGAGGCACCUCAAGAGGACGUCGAUGAAAUGCAGCAGGCCGUCGAGAGUCUGAACGCCUCGACUGGAGAAGGCGACGCGGACCUGAAGCCGGACACGCCUCAGAGCGAGCACGACCUUCAGAUCGACACGGACACCGACCAGGAGGACCCGAAUUACGAAACGUUCGACCUCACGCAACCGCCCAAGACGCCAGAUAUACCGUCCUUCUACAAAUCCCCUACGAAGACUUUGAAUAUGACGCCCGUCUUAACCGCUCCCGAGAAGCCAAUCGAGAUGCGGCUACCACCAGUUGCGGUUACAAAGCCGCAGAGUCCACCACCACCACCACCACCACCACCACCCCCACCACCACCACCACCACCACCACCACCGAGUUCAGUGAUCGCUCAUUCGUGGAGUCUGAAUGAGCACAAGCCUCGCGAGCCUGUCAGGGCUGUCCAAGUGGAAACCACCGCCGACACGGGAGCGGACAUGGCCGCCAGCCCAGAGAGACCACCAGUGUCUCAAGCUGGCGACCAAGAAUCCCCGUUGCAUCCACCGUCUCAGUACAAGCAACCUAUGCUCGGACCGUGUAGUGUACCGAUCACGAGCGAGGUGCCGAAGCUGUCCGCCACGAGUCCUCGACCAUCGCCGAUCACGACGGUGCAGCCUCUGUACCAAAGACUCCCUGUGUCGCCGCAGUCUCAGAUGGUGCCGUCGAUGCGACAGGCUUCACCCAAGACGCAGAACGUCGUGACGGUGUCAUCCUCGUCGUCAUCCUCCACCACCAAUACGACGUCACCGUUACCAACGCAGUUAGGGCCGUCGAGGAUACCACCUCUGGUGCCGUCGCAGCUGUCACAGCCGCGUGUCUCCCAGCCGCUCUCGCCGAACGGCCAAUGGUCGCGAAACCCUACGUUGAGUCCCCACGUGCCUAACGUGAGCAAACCAUCGCCACCGACCACGAGGAUCGCGGUGUGCGUGCCCAUAUCCGCUCAGAGACUGGAAACGCCGUUGCAGCACAUUUACUCGACCGCGGCGACGCAACAGCCGGUGAUUCAGCACGCCUCGGGAAUGCUUGCGCCCGCGUCUGGAUACCCUCGCGGUGGCCUGCCGCCGUUGACCCUCAAUAUCCCGUCGCGGCCUUUCAUGCCGGUGUCACCUUUGGCGCCUGGUAUGCAGGUAUGCAAGAAUUCGCGGGACUCCACCCUGAGCGGCAAGUCCGUCAUAGAGACGUUGCUGCCGGUCAACCCGAACGAGCCGCCGCAACGAUUGGAAGAACCGAAACUGUCGCCCGCUGUUAUACCGGAGUCUACCAACAAAGCAUCCACGUCGCCCAAGGUCCCGUCACCGAACCAGCCACCCACAUAUAUACCGGAGACGGCGAAAAUCGAGAUCAACGCCAGCACGUCCAGCCCAGUGUUCGGCAAACCGGCUUGCGUCACUGACAGUUAUAUGUUGUCGUCGAGAACUCAGAAGCAGAUCCCCGUCUCUAUUACAACGGACAGCAACCUACUGUCGCCGAGACAGAAGCAAGAAUUGUCGAAUCUUCAACUUCUAACUACGCAUGUACCUCGCUCAUCCACACCCAGUCCCGUAAUCGUCGCUCAUGGCCAGUCGCACUUGUGCCACAAGCCUGUGCACACUCUGGGCCCACCAACUGUCUCCUCUCCGAACCAACCGCUGAUCAAGACCGUGGUACCCAUCGUAUCCCAGCAAGUGACGCAGAACACGCCGAAUGCGCCGUUACCUAACGAGAAGUGUGUCAUCUCGCAGACGUCUUUGCCUCUUUCUUGUUCAAGACAGUCGCCUGGCUCGCAGAGCCAGUUGGUCAAGUCUCACGUAUCUCUCGUGUCCACUGUGUCACAGACGAUCAUAGCCAGGGUAGUGCCGUCGAUAUCUACCGUGUCGACGUCGCCGACCAACGAGCAAGCUACACCCGAGUGCAUGGAGUCGCGCAUCACGCAAGCUCAGCAACUGGAAUUGGACGCUGAGGCGCAGAUCGGUCAGACCGCUCAGCCGAUGCAGCUCACACCACCCGUGCAACCGACGCAGCCCAUCGACGAUGAGCCCAUCAAGCAAGAACCUGUCGAUGUGAAAGAGGAGGACACGAUGGAAGAGGCCAAGUACAACAUAGAAUUUGAAAAGCAGCCGUUGAAUCAGCCGUGCAUGGAGGACAACGUGAAGCCCCCCAAGCAGGAGAAGCAAGAGAUAAUCAAGACGGAAAUGGCGCCUUGCGUUCCCAAGGUCGAAGUCGCCGACACGAUCGUACCGAAGCUGGAGGCGCAGGUUCCCAUAAAAACGGAGCCUGUCAGCGAUAUUAAAGAAGAGGACACCGCGAAGGAGAACGACGACGCGGAGCUGGACGGCGAAGAAUCGGCGGAGGACCCGUUGAAGGAGCCGAGCACGGAUCCCCUCGCGAUCGACCCCAAGGAGGACGCGACCGACAGCAAGGAAGACAGCGACUACUGGUCCGCGAAGGAGGUAAACAUCGAGAGCGUCAUCAAGAAGGUGGACGCGCUGUGCGACGGCGAGGGGAACGACGCUGACGAGGGUGCGCAACCGACUGAGAAUGCCAACAGCGACUCGCACGACACCAGCAAGAACGAGUCGGACUGGUUCGACGGAGAGGCGACGGAAAAUGAGAGCAAGAAGGGCUUCGCGUCCACUGACGACCACGACGAGGGCGUGGAGACGUGCGAGAACGAGUCCACACGGAGUCGUCGCGGCAGGACGAAGAGCAGGCGCGGCUGCCGCGGCGGAGUCACUACCAGGCGAGGUGGCAGGAACGCUGCUGCUGCCGCCGCGGUCUCGCACAGACGCGGCGGCAGAAGCCCCAGAGGUAGCAAGCAUCACGUCGAGAAGAACAAGUUGCCGGCCGAUGUUUACGAGUUUCACGACGACAGCGAGGAGGACAACGCCGGUCGUCCGCGCUUGAUUCUCACCAUCAAGUCUCCCGGGCCGAACGUGACCGGGCCGAACGCGCAGCCGGCAACACCUGUGGCCGCAGUGAAGGAGGUACCACCGGAGGAGUUCGUCUCCCCGGCUGCCAACACGAGAAAGUCCAGAAGAUUGGCGGAGAGAGACGGCAGUCGGAACACGGUCGACGAUGUCAUCGAGGAUGUUGUCCGCGGUUCACCCGUAAACAAGGGCCUGGCCGGCGCUACCACCGGGAACGUUCACGCCACCAGACGAAGUACUCGUCACAACUCGCCGCGUAAUGUACAGACGGCGCAGCGGCCGACGAUACUGCUAAUGGAACUCCGCAAAUCAUCCAGAGGCGGCCGCAAAGCGGCGAGACGGACGUCUGAGAACAACGAUGACAGCGGGGAGGAGAAGACGAAGGAAGCACCCGCGACGACGACGACGGCGGCGGCGGUGACGGUGACGGCAGCAACGGCGACAACGGUGGCAACGACGACGACGACGACGACGACGACGACGACGACGACGAUAGCGGCAUCACCGCGUGAAGAGACUCCGGUGAAGGAAGAGGUCAAAUUGGCCGAACCGGAAAGCGCGAAAACGGAAGAACCAGCUCCACCAGUCACUCCAACACCGCCGCAGAAGAGGGUCUCGCUGGAGCCGAUGACGUUGAUAGAUCCGGUCACGGGUGACCUCAUACCGAUGAGGGAAUCCGAAGAAGGUCAAUAUAUACCAGUGUCCACUGGCCAGUCGCAGACCACCAACAGAACGCAGUGCGAGCCGCGGAACAGCGUGGCUACGAUCAGCGCUAGCCCGAAUAAUGAGACACCACGAACGAAAGCACCCCCCACCGAGAGCAACAUGUUGGUCCCGCCGGAGCCGAAAAAGGAAGUCAUUCUGGAACACACACCUUGUCAACAGCCGCCGCCCACGCCGGCACCUAUCCAACAGCAAAUUCAUCAGAUACAGCAGCAGGUCCAACCGCAAACCAGCGUAAUCACGAAACCACAGUCGCCAGCGGUACAGGUCACCUCGACUAUCAGCGUCGCGCAAUCCUCGACAGCGUGCACGACGAUCACCACCGUGGUGACCGCACCGACUAUUACAGCUGCACCAACGGUGCUCACCUGUUCUUCGCAGGCGAAACCUACGAGUUUCAAAGCGCACAUGCUGAACGCCAGCAAGCUGGUGACUCAGCAGCAGCAGCAGCAACAACAGCAGCAGCAGCAGCAACAACAACAGCAGCAGCAGCAGCAACAACAGCAGCAGCAACAGCAGCAGCAGAAACAACAACAACAACAACAACAGCAGCAGCAGCAGCAGCAGCAGCAGCAGCAGCAGGUCGUUAUCACAAAACCGGUGGCUCCGAUCGUACCCAGCCAAACGAUAGUUCAAAACAUUGUCAAACCGCCUGCUCAAACGAUACAGCAGGGUCUGAAUCUGCAAAUACCACCCAGCAGAGUAGUGUCGCCCAGCCUGAGCCCGCGCGCGAAACAGACAGCGCAAUUGGCGGCCGCUAAUGGAAAACAAGGUCAACCGAUGUCCCCUGUGCUUAACAACACCGGAGCACCGCCUAAUCCUAAGCAGCAUUUGCUGCAAGCUGCGAAGCAGCAGACGUCGACGAUCGUGAACAUGCCGCAGAAGUUGCCGUUGCACUCGGUCAACGUGAACCUCGUCGCUCCGGCGCCGAGGAUUCAUCAACCGGUUUCGCAAGCAACCACUCUCAAGGGCAUCAACGGACAGCCGCAUCCGCUCAAUCCAAAGACUCACUUAUUGCAGGCUGUAGUUCCUACGAUGGUCACCGGCACGGUAGCGAGUUCCGUGACGCAACCACACCUCGUGAACCCGCAGUCGAUUUCAGGCGGCGUGAGCUGCGGUCGACCUUCGGGAACACCGAAAGCUACCGCUGGAACGAUGGAACCGCAGAAGAUGGAAGUACCAAUGUCUGGUUGCAUCAUGGUACCGACUGCGAGUACGCAACCUCGUAGUGUGCCGAUGCCGCCGUACGAAGCCCCACUGCACGGCAGUGCGGGUGCUACUCCACCAGGAAGUCAGUAUAGUCUUGUUCCCCCACAUCGAUCUCAGAGUCCUCCACUGCCUCCACCUGCUCAUCAUCAUACCAAUGCCUCUCAGGGUGAUGUUGUUAACCACUACGGAGGGCUGGCCCGUGGUGGAGAAUUGACACCUCAUUACAUGUUUCAGUAUCAGUAUCUGCGUGCGCAGGAAGCACUGGUAACGCCUCGCAUAGCUUAUCACAUUCCAGGAACAAGAUCUCCGCACUUACCUCUAGACCCCAAGCUUGAAGGCGGCAUUGAGGACAAUCACAGUCCUCCUUUGGAGCUGAGACGCGCGACGAGAACACCGCAAGAACGUACCACCGAUAGUCCACAAGUUGCUCAAGUUUAUAUGUUACACGGAGGGAUGAGAUUACAACCUCCGCCGCAGUACAACGCAGGGAGUAACCCGUCGCUACCUGGUGCACCAGCUGGCGCCAGAACAACGUAUUACGAUCCACCGCCCGCGCACCUACGUUCUCAGUAUCCCAUGACCGCCAGCGAGGCACCGACCGACCGAGCGAUCACUCCAGACAGAUCUAGGAAACAUCAGGUUGUCACACCACCGCACGCGUCUCAGGUGCCCCCGCAAGCGGACUCCUUUCAGAUGCUGCUACAACGUUAUCCGGUUAUGUGGCAGGGUCUGUUAGCUCUUAAAAACGACCAAGCCGCGGUACAGAUGCACUUUGUCUUCGGCAAUCCUAAUGUAGCCAGAGACAGUCUGCCGUGCAACAGCGACGGAUCCACUCCACCGUUGAGGAUAGCCCAGAGAAUGAGAUUGGAACAAACCCAAGUAGAGGGUGUAGCAAGAAAGAUGCAGACUGACAAUGAACAUUGCAUGCUGUUGGCGCUUCCUUGCGGCCGCGACGAAGUAGAUGUGUUACAACAAAGCAAAAAUCUUCAAACAGGCUUCAUCAUGUACCUUCAACAAAAGCAAGCUGCUGGAAUUGUUAAUAUCGCUGCACCGGGCUCGCAACAGCCGGCGUAUGUAGUUCACAUUUUCCCGUCUUGCGAUUUUGCGAAUGAGAGUUUGGCAAGAAUCGCACCCGAUCUACUUCAUCGUGUCGCAAAGAUCGCUCAUCUACUAAUCGUCAUUGCUACGGUCUGAGGACGAUCAGUGACCACCUACUGGAUUAUACGAUCUGUCAUCCGUGUUCUUACACACUGUGGGACACUUCGCACAUGGCAUGAAGCCUUAGGAGUGUCCGUGUGACGCGCAUGUAAAAUUGUGCAAAAGAAAGGAAGAAAACAAACGAAUAUGGGAAGCAGAGGGAGAAAGAGAGAGAGAGAGAGAAAGAGAGAAGAGAUGCGUUCGAAACAAAGGAGAGCUCCUUUAUCCGGAGUCGUAUCAGUGACAAUCAAAUGGAACCCAACGCUACGCCGAUCUUAGAUCGUAGGCCUAAAGCGAGGCACGAGGUUGUGCGAUGGAGAGAGGCUAGCACGGUUAAUACGUCGGUAUCAUCGCGCGUGCCUCCCUUCCGACGAAUUCGAGCGCAAGCAAGCUCGUUUUUCCUUUUUUCCGAACGACUUGUAACUCGCGUCGAUUACUGACAGCGUUUGUGGGAUCGACCGACAUCACUCUUGGUCUUUCUGACAAGCAGGUCAGGGGCACAACCCCACAGCCUUCAGACGAGACCUCCGAUUCAUCACUCGCGAUCACAGUCCACGAAACUAUUCACGUUCGUUCUUCUCGUAGAGGAAAAAAAAAAACAUACAGUUAAAUAACCGUUGCUCUAGAUGGACAGUCAAAUCCGUAAAUAAAAAAAUAGGACGAAGUAACGUAAGCCCUACAUCAUUACACACGAGCUAUUUUAAGUAAGGCUUGAACGUUAAUGAUAAAACUGUAUAAAUUAUAAGCAAGCCAGCGAGGGCAUAACUACUGUGAUUUUAAUUAUUUAACGAUACAUAACUGCGUUACGAGGCAGAAAACAAAAGUAAAACAAUAUAAGAAUGAUCGACUAAUGCUCUGUGAGGUAUGUGAUGUGUUUUUUGUAUGAUACUGCUCUAUAUAAAUAACUAUGUAUUAUAUUAUUGUAACGAGAUAUAGUUGCUGCUACCCCUGUUUCUGCCGCCACCGUCGCUCGUGUCGAACUAGGAUGUAAAUCAUAAUUGCUAGACCUUUAACAUAAAUACGAGAAAAGUGGGCUGCACCGAGUAGGACUUGCCCCUAGUGUAUCAUAAUUUUGCAUAGCAGGCUGUAAAAUAUUAUGAAUUAUUAUUAUUAUUAUUAUUAUUAUUAUUAUUAUAUCGUUAGAGCGCAUACAUCGUACACCUUGCAAAAAGAUUAUAGAAUAUUCUAAUUCUGAGCCUUCAUUAUUAUGAUUAUUACAAUCAGCAUGAAUAUCACCAAUAUUUUAUUACAGUUAUGAUUACUAUUAUUAUAAUUAAUAUUAUUACGAUUAUUAUUACGACUACUAUUACCAAUGCUAUCGCUACUAUUACUACUAUACUAUUACCACUAUUCUACUACUACUACUACUACUACUACUACUACUACUAUUACUACUACUAUUACUACCACUACUCUACUACCACUAUUACCGCUGCUAUUAAUUAUUAUUAACGUUAUUACAGCAGGCUAGCUAUAUAUAGGAGGGCGUACCAAUUCGCAUAUUUAAGAACAAAUGGGGCUUAUUUGUCAUACUGAAAAAAAAAAAUA